AGCAACUUCUACCAGAGACCUCAGUGAACUCGCGUAUAAGCGCAAUUGCACAGAUUUUUGUUUGUACCACCAUGCGAAAAACGAUUAGAGAUGUUAUGUCGUGGAAACAUCCUAUAUUGUAUUUUACGGUGAUGGCAACGAUUAGCGCUGUGUUAACCCCUUGCUUUGGGCAGAUUCCAGACGCAAGCAUUUCAAUGCCAAAAAAUGCCAAAAUGUAUCCGACGACUGUCCGAUCCGGGAGGCUUGUAGUUGGGAAUAACGUCCAACGGAGAAGGGUGGGUUUCGAAGUAACCAAUGAUGAAUCCGCCGCUUCUGACCGCAUCAAGACUCAAAACGGAUCUCUUGCAUUUGAGGCUGGUAAUCGGGCUGGACAGCCUGCAUCACAAGAAUGGCACAAGUUGGCUGCUAAACUCCAGCACAUGGGGCCAUCAGUACAGUGUAGCAAUGAUACAAUGACACUUCGGGUCAAAGGGGGGAGAGCUCCACAUUUUCUGGUCGAUGGCGGUGAUGGGUUUCCUGUUUUUCCCCUGUCCCGAAUGCCAACUCACUGUGGCUUCUCUGUGAAGCGGUCAAUCAGAGAUGUAAUGUUUGUCGCACCAUACCAAGGCUGCCAUGUCACUCAAGAGGGGGGUAACUAUGUUCUGCCACUGCGUCUGUGGGGGGCACCCAUGACCAUGUCUUGUCCUGUUGCACCACCCCCUCCUCCCUCUGUUUCCUGCUAUUUAUCUGGCAUGGUCGUGAAGUUUCCCAUGGCAGCAAAUGCUCUUCAAGUCAAAGUGUCUGGUGUGUGGGAGCCACUUCUCUCAGUCUCCCAGCAAUGUCGCUUAACCAUUGAGCCAUUCUUUGGAGUAAUGGUGAUCACUGCACCAUACACGGGACCCUGUGUGGAGUUGAAGGAUGAUGAGCGUUUGCUUUUUAUGCUCUCGGUUGCUGGGGAGCUCACGUUCUCCUGCCCUGCAGGCCUCCAUCAAACUGAACCUGUUACGUCUGGAUACCCUCUGUAUCCCCCCCAACCACCCACUUCCCCAACAGCAGCCACUACCAUGUCUAAACAAACGCAUUCCCCUAAACCUUCUAGCCAGGCCACGCAUAUGCCACGUAAAGGAGACCCCCAGGUCCCACAAAUGCCUGAAUUCCACCCGUUUUACCCAUACCGUUUUCCUCCGUAUCCCCCUCAACCCCUAUUUCCCAACAUCAGCUCCUACUACCUCACCUAAACAAACAAAUUCCCCUCAACCUGCCACCCAGGCCCUGCAUAUGCCACCUAAAAGAGACCCCCAGGUCCCACAAACACCUGAAUUCCACCCGUUUUACCCAUACCAUCUUCCUCCAUAUCCCCCUCAACGCUAUUUCCCAACAUCAGCUCCCACUACCUCACCUAAACAAACAAAUUCCCCUCAACCUGCCACCCAGGCCCUGCAUAUGCCACCUAAAAGAGACCCCCAGAUCCCACAAAUUCCUGAAUUCCACCCGUUUUACCCAUACCAUCUUCCUCCGUAUCCCCCUCAACGCUAUUUCCCAACAUCAGCUCCCACUACCUCACCUAAACAAACGCAUUCCCCUAAACCUUCUAGCCAGGCCACGCAUAUGCCACGUAAAGGAGACCCCCAGGUCCCACAAAUGCCUGAAUUCCACCCGUUUUACCCAUACCGUUUUCCUCCGUAUCCCCCUCAACAACCCUAUUUCCCAACAUCAGCUCCUACUACCUCACCUAAACAAACAAAUUCCCCUCAACCUGCCACCCAGGCCCUGCAUAUGCCACCUAAAAGAGACCCCCAGGUCCCACAAACACCUGAAUUCCACCCGUUUUACCCAUACCAUCUUCCUCCAUAUCCCCCUCAACGCUAUUUCCCAACAUCAGCUCCCACUACCUCACCUAAACAAACAAAUUCCCCUCAACCUGCCACCCAGGCCCUGCAUAUGCCACCUAAAAGAGACCCCCAGGUCCCACAAAUUCCUGAAUUCCACCCGUUUUACCCAUACCAUCUUCCUCCGUAUCCCCCUCAACGCUAUUUCCCAACAUCAGCUCCCACUACCUCACCUAAACAAACGCAUUCCCCUAAACCUUCUAGCCA